AUGCCAAUUGAAAUAAAAGUAAGAACAAAACAAAAAUUAAGAUAAAUUAUUGCAGCUUAAAAAAAAAUAAGAAAAUCAACCAAUUAAUAAUAAGAAAAAGGAUAACAAAAAUUGUCAAUCCCAAUUGUUAAAAAAAAAGAAAUUGAGUAAGUUAAUAAUAAAUCUCAUUCUGUUAAAUUUAGUAUCUAAUUUAUAUUUAGAAUAUAGAUAAAUUAUUUUAUCCAAAUGAACCAAAUUAGUUAUUUCCUCAUUAACUAUAAGAGAAUAUCAUAAAAAUUAUAAAAUCUUUUGGAAUAUCUACAAAUAUAAAGCAUAUAAUUAAUAAUUUAUGUUUAUUUUACUAAAAUCCUAUUGAUGAAAAGAUUUUUGAAAAUUAUCUUGCUUAUGCUGAAGAAAAUGGAAUUAUCUAUGAAAGAUAAGGAUAAUAUUUUGUAUCUUAAGAAUUAAUACCAUAGGUAAUAUUAGAUUAAGUUUUCUAGUUAGAAUAAAAAAAUAUUAUAUUAUUUCAAAAUUAAGAAUUAUAAGAAAUAAAUUUAAAUGUUUAAGCUGAAAUAGAAAAAAAACAGAUUAUAAAUUGA